ACUUCACGUGCCCUGCCAUAUUAUUUGGGCGAGAGACCGGAGCGGGUUUGUCACAGGGAACACACCGCCCUCGUCUUUGGUGUUUUAGAGGUAUUUUCUGUUGUCAAACAAAGCCGCAAAAUGUCUCACAGUACGGAGAACACAGACAGGCAGAGCACACUGCAGGCGUUGUUACAGAGCGCGAUGUUGGCUCCCCCCGAUCCGGGCAAAACCGACAAUGGUGACAAGAAGAAGCUGGAGGAUGGAGAUGAAAUGGACCCCAAUGUCAUGGCAUCUGCCUUCCUGGGACCCAACUUGUGGGACAAUGUAGAUGAUUUCAAGGACUUCAAGCUGGAGGCGAUUGACCUGGAUGCCUUCUUUGCUGAAGCGGGGAUCCUUGCUCCACAGGACAUCCCGGUGGGUGACCCCAGUACUGCAGGGCUGCCGGAGACCUCUGCUCCCAAAUCUCCAGAACCCGUGGCUUCAACGUCCUUCUCCCAACCCUCACCACCACUGGAGGUCACCUCAAGUACAUUCCCUACGAGCACAAAGGGGGUGGUGUCCCCCGGCGUGUCCCCACCCCACAUCAGCAUGGAGGAGGUGAUCCCCGAGGUGAAUUACGAGGUCUCGCCGACCGACGUCGCGCUCGCCUCCAUCCCAGGAAAGGAGGAGUUCAACCCCCGCAAACGGGCCUUCAGCGAGGAGGAACUCAGGCCGCAGCCCAUGAUCAAAAGUCGCGCAAGAUUUUUCGUGCCGGAGGACUUGAAGGACGACAAAUACUGGGAGCGGCGCAAGAAGAACAACGUGGCGGCGAAGAGGUCGCGGGAUGCGCGGCGGAUCAAGGAGAACCAAGUGGCGCUCCGGGCGUCCUUCCUGGAGAAAGAGAACGCUACCUUGAAGGAGGAGUUACUGAAGGCCAAGGAGGAAAAUUUGAUCUUGUCCAAGAAACUGUUGAAGUACGAACAGCAGAACAGAGUCUGAGAAACAAUAUUGUCUCAAAACAUGAAGACGGAGAAAUUAUAAACAGCUUAGCAAAGUAACAGUAGAAAAUAUAUGUUCUGGUUAUCGAGCAAUUUUAUUCAGUGAUCUGCUUUAGGUUUACUACAACAAUCAUUUACUCAAUAGUCAGUACUAAAAGGCAGAGGUCUACAUUACAUUACAUAACAGCUUGGUUGUAGUAACAAAGCUUACUAGCACUGCUUGUUUCAUGUACUCUCCAAGUAGAGGUUGAUGGUCUUUGCAAUUUCUUUUCAAUGUAGACCAUACCUUUAAUGCUUAUAUUUAACUGUAUUUUUGGUCAGGGAUGUCAAAAGCGCACAAACUCUUCUGUCAUAUGGAGAAGUUUAAUGAAGAGAUGACUGAAGAGAAGGUAUCUUUUUUAAAACAGUAUAUUCGUAUAAGGUUAGGUCCUUGCUUAAAAACCACCAAGUAUUGUUUUCUGGUGUAAGUGAGGUGAUCUAUCAAAAGUUAAGUGUACAUUUUCUAGUAGGCUACAUCUGAAAGUACUUUUAUUGGACUGAUUUGGAAUUUAUGAUGAGUUUGGAUUUCUAUGCAUGGAGUACAUUAUACUACGGUGUGGAAAAGAACUGUGUAGAAUUUUUGGGGUGAUCAUAUUGAUUAUGCAAAUUAGACUAUUGCAAAGUGACCACUGAUGUACAAAAGUGUAUGGGAGUUCUGGUCAAAGCUGGCUGACGUAUGUGAAAACUUGGACAUUACAUUUGUUAUUGCUGUUGUCAAGUUUUCUUGUAACAACUUUUGUCAAAUUUUAACCACAUUUGGAGAAGAGAUGUACAUGUAGCAUGUGAAAAUAUUCUGCAACAUUUUAACUGGUCAUUCGGUACAUUCUGUAACUGCAGAAUUGAUUGAUUGUAUUCAAUUGAAAAUUUCAAAAAUUGUUUUGCACUAGAAAGGGUCCAGCAACAGUACUGUUCCUGGAUGAUGUUCAUGCAGAAUAUUUUCCCACGCAGAUUUUCAAAAGUAGGAAACCAUUUUCCGGAAGACAUUGUGUUAUGUGAAAGGUGUCCAUUGUCUGUAAAGGGUUGCCUAUUAGUUAUACAUAAAUAGGCAUUGAGUUGAUUUUAAUGUCACCACUAUUGUGACUAGUCAACAGUUACCUUAGGAAAGUAGCUUAAGAAAUGUUUUAUGUGUUGAACGUUUUGUAAAAGUGGGUGUGAAUUUGUGAAAUAUCUUCUUGGAGGGUAUUUGGAAUGGUUGGUCUGAGACUGUCGUACAUGUGUGCAUGACCACUAUAACAUAACCUCCCUCGUUAUAUUUCAUCUUGCAUUCCUUGCCAAUAGUCAGUCUUCUCUCAACCUUCCCUCAAAAUUCAUCCUUGUAAUAUGGACAAUAGUGAAUUGUUUAGUAGUUUUUCUUGCAAUGUCUUUCUGAUUAGCAUUGUGACAGGCAUGCACCCAGCAAACACUUUCAUGUAUGGCUGUUGAUGCAAAUGUUGAAGCGAUGGUGAUGUAGAUAAAAUGUUCUUAAAAAAACAAAUGGUCAUGAUGUCAGAUGGCUAUCCUUAAUAUAGGAUAUGGAUUACACAUUGGAGCCCUAUCACUUGUACAGUUUUAUGUUGUACAGCUACUGUUAUGAUGUAGGGGUGGACAUCCUUCAUUGAAGGAUAUGGAUUGAACGAAGUCCCCCCUUUUACAUGUUCUACAACCCUGUGUUGUAAUACAGAUUGGUUCUAGAUGCCUCAGGGCUAUCCUUGACUUUAGGAUAUGUAUAAUAAGGUGGGUUAAUUUUCCACCUUGCAGCCCUGUCUCAUCAGUUGUUCCAUAAUGAUACAACUACUAAAUCUGUGUUAAUAGGGCCAUCCUUCAAUGCCUAGGAUAUGGACAAGGUGACAAUCCACCCAUUGUUUUACAAUAUUGUGUUGUAUUACUGUUGAACAUUGCUUGGAAGAAGGCGUUUGUUCCUGACUAACAUGACCUAGAAACUGGA